AAUUAAAAGAGGCGGGACUGCCCUUUGUUUAUUAAAAAUGGCGGCUACUUUGAGAAAUGUGAAGCAACCAGAAGAUGCAGCAAUGGAGAAAAAACAAGACGAGGAGGAGGAGGAGGACAAAGAGAAACAAUCAGACAAGUUUAAUCUCGCCAUUUUAUUGCUACUAUACACUCUACAAGGUAUACCAAUAGGAUUGGCAGGCAGUGUCCCCAUGCUCCUUCAGACUAAAAAGAUAGGCUACAGACAGCAGGCACUCUUCUCUCUCGUCUCUUGGCCGUUUAGCAUCAAGCUCCUCUGGGCUCCUAUUGUGGACUCCUUCUACAGUCCUACUCUAGGCCGUAGAAAGUCCUGGCUGAUCCCCGUACAGUAUAUUAUUGGUCUAACGAUGAUACUGGUAUCUUACAAUAUUGAUGAUUUGAUGGGAGGAGAGCAAGGAGACCCACCCAAUAUCACCAUCCUUACUAUCCUCUUCUUCGUAUUCUUCCUCUGUGCUGCCACUCAGGACAUUGCAGUUGAUGGUUGGGCGAUUACUAUGCUCUCACGUAAAAACGUCGGCCAUGCCUCAACCUGUAAUUCUGUCGGUCAGACGAUCGGGUAUUUUCUCGGCUACACAGUUUUUCUGGCUCUCGAAUCUAAAGAGUUCUGUAAUACGUACCUGAGGUCUGAGCCUGGGGACGAUGGGAUUGUUGAUAUGUCUCAUUUCUUCUUUUUCUGGGGCAUCGUCUUUACCCUGGUCACUAGUCUUGUCUGGUUGUUCAAAAAAGAAAAGAAAGAGGUUCUACCUAAUGCUAUCAGGCAGGACGUCUUUGCGGCUUAUAAACAGCUCCUUGUUAUACUCAAACUCCGCCCAGUUCAAGCCUACGCGCUCUUCGUCCUGACGUGUAAGAUCGGGUUUGCAGCUGCCGAGAAUAUAACUGGUUUGAAACUGGUUGAGUCUGGUCUGCCAAGGGAGAAGAUCGCGUUGAUUGCUUUGCCAAUGGUGCCCAUUCAAAUAUUACUACCACUAGUUAUAAGUCGUGCUAUAUCAGGGCCACGCCCAAUGGAUGUAUUCAUAAAAGCUUAUCCGUUUCGUCUCAUAAUGACUUUGGCAUUCUCCGCUGUGGUCUGGUGGACUAGCAUGCACACAGAGGGAGAGUUCUCAGCAUUUUAUUAUGUAAUACUAGUGUCGGCUUUUUUACUUCAUCAGGUUGCCACAUAUUCAAUGUUUGUUGCAAUAAUGUCUUUCCAUGCUCAAGUGAGUGAUCCCUCUAUGGGCGGUACAUACAUGACCCUCCUCAAUACUCUCUCUAAUCUCGGAGGUACUUGGACCGGUACCUGUGCCCUCUGGCUCGUUGACGUCGUCUCUUUUAAAGACUGUGAGGGCGUGACCGAUUUGACCCUGGACUGCGAUACAAUGCAAGAGUUAAAGGCUUGUACAGCUGCUGGCGGUCAUUGCGUGACUCAUCUAGACGGAUACUAUGUUGAAAUUGCCGUAUGCUUUAUACUAGGUGUGGUCUGGUAUCUAUGGCAACGAAACGGGAUCAAGAAACUCCAAGGUCUUGACGGAUCUGAUUGGAAGGCUCGAGGAGAACAAUAACAGUCGAUUCAUUGAUACACAAUAUGAUAGUUGAUACAUAGUUCUAGACGUGUAGAUAUUGUACUGUAGCUAUUCUAUAGAUAUAAAUUCAUUUAUCCACUAAUAAA